CAUACUUGAACGACCAUACAAGAUCCUGAGCUAUGAAGUUCUCCACUGACUGGAAACCCGUUCUGGCACAAACGAACUCGACGUUAGGACUCUCUGACGAUGAAAAUCGCGCCCAGUACUAUUCCUUCUUUAUAGCAGGGAUGUGUAUUGCGAUCGUCUCCCUGUCCAGAUUGUUCAAGAAUUGGAAACUAGUUGUUAAUGUCCCUCUGGAAGGCUCGUCUGGAGUUCUCUCAUCUUACGUCGUGCCAUACGAUCUCGUCGCAAACGCCAAGUCUAUCCUCAAGCGCGCAUAUGAGAAGUAUGGAAAUGGAACAUUCAAGAUUCCUGAAAUGAACCGGUACACUGUUAUAAUCAACAAACGCGAAAACAUCGAAGAGAUUCGGAAGGCUCCAGAUAGCAAGGCCUCUUUCAAUGAGGCGGCAAUAGAGGACCUUGCGCUCCAUUGGUCACUCGGAGAAGACACAUUUAGGAAUUCAUAUCAUUUCGCGACCAUCAGUAACCAGCUAACCCGCUCUUUGGGCUUGCUGUUCGACGACAUCCUCGAUGAGAUUAAGUGUGCCUUCAAUGACCUUAUUCCCAUUAAAAGUGACGAUUGGGUCGCUGUACCUGCACUGGAUUUGGUGAGAAACGUCGUGUGCAGAACCAGCAACAGGAUUUUUGUCGGCGUUCCUCUUUGCAGAAACGCAGAAUUUAAUGAACUCAGCAUCAAUUUCAGUAUUGAUGUCAUGGAAACAGCGUACAUGAUUCAGGACACUCCCGUCUUUUUGCGCCCCAUUGUCGGUGCGUAUUUCAGCCCGACAGCUCGAACUGUCCGUGGUGUCACGAAGUUCCUUCGACCUAUAUUCGAGGAGAGACUUCGUAUGUGCGCCGAAAAUGGCGAUGAUUGGCCGGGGAAACCAGUCGACAUGAUUUCAUGGCUGAUCGAUGUAGCACCGAAGGACCAAACUAUUCGGGAUAUGAUAAUGAGGAUGCUACACAUAAACUUUGCUGCUAUACAUACAUCCUCUGUCAGCCUCACUCACGCGCUGUUCCACCUCGCGGCUGAGCCACAAUAUAUCGGACCCUUACGAGACGAGGUCGAGCAAGUGAUCAAGGAGGAAGGAUGGACAAAGGUCGCAAUGACGAAGAUGUGGAAGCUCGAUAGCUUCAUGAAAGAGAGCCAGCGGAUGAAUGGCAUCAACCUAGUAUCGUUGAAUCGCAAGAUAAUGUCCGACUUGACCUUACCAGACGGCACCUUCUUACCUGCUGGCUCAUUCCUUGCUGCGAACGUGAUAGGAAUACAUCGUGACGAAUCUCAUUAUCCGGACGCGGACAAGUUCGACGGAUUCCGGUUCUCGAGGUUGCGCGAGCAAAGCACUGAGGAGAGUGUAAAGCAUCAAAUGGUCUUCACGAGUCCAGAUUAUCUAGCAUUCGGACACGGACGUCAUGCCUGCCCCGGGCGAUUCUUCGCAGUGAAUGAACUCAAGGCGAUGAUGGCAUAUCUGCUUUUGAAUUAUGACAUGAAAGCGGAGGUGGAAGGAGUGCGACCGGAGAACGUAUACCAUCGUUCUCGAUUGAGUCCAAACCCGAAGGCUAAAGUGCUAUUCAAGAAACGAACGGAUGCAUGAGAAGCCGUUAUCCGCGAUGCCGAAUCGUGAAAGGUUUUUGAGGCUCUAUUACACCCUAAUAUGACGAACUGAAUUAGUGUAUCACGGAAAUGUUUGUUUUGUACAUAUUACAGUUCGAAGCCGUUUGUUUUGGUCUAGCUGUGCCGGUCAGGAGCGUAGUGAUACGCACAGCCAAAUUAUCUUGGCUGUUGUAUUAUACAUGAUCAUUU